GAAUUUGACACAAACUUUUUUUACACGGAGACAUCUAGCGAGAAUAAGAUGAACUAAUGAAAAAAGUGGCCGCGUUGAUUUCGCUGCAGCUCAGCGAACGCGAUUCGGAAUUUUCACGGAAAGUUCUCAUUGUUCCCGCGAAGUGACCGGAAUAAAAAUGGAACCUGCCGAAAGAAAACAAAAUUCUCUUUCCUCUGAAAACGAGCGGAAUGAUUCCAGAGAUGUUGACAUCAGUUUGGGAGACAUACUGGAUUAUGUCGGUGAUUCCAUCAGACCGCUUCGAGAAGGCCAGACCGUUUUUCAGUCGGGUCAUGUUGUAUGCAUCGGGUAUACUAAGUCAGCUGCGCAUUUGGAAAUAAGCGGAUUUGUGCUUCAGAGCUCCCAUCCGGGAGAUGUCCCACACGAGGUGGAUCUUCAAAUCUGGCCCGAUUAUCGCCAGUGGGUACUACGAUGCUCAUGUAAGGCAGGAACUGCUAGAUGUAAGCAUAUAAUCGCAUGCUUGCUCCACCUUGAAAAAGCUGGAGCAGUGGAGUAUUUGACGUGUACGAGCUCCCGGCAAGCAUGGGGAAUAAGUAAGGCUGAGAAAACGCAUUUGUGGAAAGCAAAGCGGAUUAUGGAUCUGUGUUGCGUCCGGAAACCAUCCACACCUGUUGAGGUUGACAUUUCUAAGAAGGCUGAACUCCUUAGAGAAUCGUUUCGGCGUAUUUUGGAAGUUUCACCAACGUCUGCCAUCCAAAAACAUAUCACAGGAAGAGAACUGAGCUGUCCUAGGCCUGCUUCUGGACCACUGCAGAACAUAGAUAUGAAUAUAUACAUCACCGAAUACGAGCUACGCGAUCUUCUUGUCGAUUGCGAUCAUCUUGCAGGCUGGGAUUCAAACGCAUCCAGCAGCUCGAGAGACGAUUUAGACAAUUUCAAAGCCUUCUACGAGAAGAAAGUUGUGAAAACAGUAGCGGAAAUCAUUAAAAUAUGCGAGCAGACUAAGUGUCAAGAUAACAACGCAUGGAGAUUACACAGGUCUAUUAGAGUCACAGGAAGUUCAUGCUAUGAACUAUUUACAUAUUCGAAAAAUAAGAAUCCUGAUUGGACUAAGAAGAUUCAAUCAUAUCUGAAUCCAAAACCACUUCAUACAAAAGCAGUUCAGUAUGGAAAAGAUAUGGAACAAGCUGCGUUUAGUUGCUACAAAGAAAAACGAAAUCCUUUGAUAAAAAAAUGUGGAUUUGUUGUGAGCCCGGAGAAUUCCUGGAUGGGAGUUAGCCCUGAUGGCAUAGAUCCGCUUAACAAAGUAGGGUGGGGCGGGGCAAGAUGGGUCGCCUAAGGAUGGAUCAUCAUAACUUUGUAAAUACAAAUCGGAUUGGUUUGCAUUCGUUCGCUACUCUUUAAUACACUAGUUAGCUAUGCUAAAAGUCGAUAAAAAGUUCAUUAAAUACAAAAUAUGAUGUUAAACAAACCGUUUUAAAAAGUGAUCGAUUUUGCGCCGUGAAAAACGUGCGGGGCAAGAUGGGUCACCUUUUAAGUAAUUCACAUUUUCUCAACGAAAAACGUCAAAAUAUAAGAUUUGUUCCGCAUUCAUAUAUGCUCAAUAUCCAUACUGAGUAAACAAGAGCUACUAGUAAACAUUUUAUAAAUUUAUUUGGAAUAUAAAAAACUUUACGAUUUGAGUGUUUCUGAGGCGACUUGAAAAUCGAUGUUUUCACUAAAAAAUUAUCAUAAUUUUAUGUUAUAAUUUUGAGCGUUCAUUCCGCUUGAUUGAAGUCAUUUAUGAGAUAGUCUUGUAAUAAAAAAUAAAUAACUUUUGAAUGCUCCAAAAAUACGUUCAAAAUUAUAGUUGACCCAUCUUGCCCCGCGGCCGUUUAUAUGGAGAUUAUAUGGAAUGUAUCGCAUAAGAAAAAUGGCUAAAAACCAUUUUAUUUUUUAUUUCCAAUGAGAGUGAAUAAUGUUUCAAUCAAUGCCCCAAACUUUUGUAUAUUCAUGCUGGUCAUCUAACAAAAUUAUUAUCAUAAUCAAAACAUGAGUAAUGCGCCCGAAAAUGGCACUGACCCAUCUUGCCCCGCCCCACCCUACUCUUAGAAAUUAAAUGUCCGUUGAAAGGGGCUGAACACAGCAUCGAAUGGUUGAUUAACGAAUGUCAAGCUACAAAGUGCUAUGUCAAACAAGUAAACUCAGUAUUAGAAAUUAAUCGAAAACAUAAAUACUAUGCCCAGGUACAAUUAGGAAUGCACAUUUUGAAUAUACAAAAGUGUGAUUUCAUUAUUUUUUCCAAAUACGAAGGAAAUUUUGCAGUAGUAGAAAUCGAUUAUGAUAAAAACUUUUCCAUUAAUCUAGUCAAUACACUGCGUGCUAUUUAUUUUACAUAUAUUCUGCCACAAAUCGCAACCAAAGAAAAAUAGUAUAUCUAAGCAAAUAAGACAGAAAAAAAUGUUGCACUUUGAUAAAUAUGCAAGAGAUACCAUCAUUCAAUUUUUCGUGUGAAAAAUAAAAUAUGACAAUGAGCAAUAUUUCAUAUAUAUUUUUUUAUUCACGCUUUAAUUAAUUAAAUGAAUACGAAAAUUUCUAACAGAAAUAGAAAAAUGGUUAUGCAGCUACAUUUUGUUAGUUGGGAUGCUGGGUGUAAGUAAUAAAAGUAAUGAUGUUUGCUUAUCCAAAUGUGUUUAUUUUCGACAAACAAAUGAACAAAUUAAAACAAUAAAUUAUUGUUGAUAGAAGUGUAACAUGGGAUGUGCUAAAACUUGUUGUCGCGCAAUAUAGGGGAAGACAAAUUAACUAUUGCACAAAUUACUAUCAUUAUUUUAUCAAUUGUCGGAAGCACUGAUGCUUCGAUUGUGCUAUUCAUUAUUCCGAAAAGUUUGACACGUUGAAUUACACGUUCAACAUGUAUUCUUGCUUUUGCAAUACUUUCAUUUAGUACGGCCUCACGAGUUGUUAAACGUUCUCCUCGGAGAAAUGGUGGAAUGUGUAUCUUUACUCCUUUUGCCAAACAUUCAUUUUCAAUGCUAAAUCCCUUAUCUACCAUAAUCUCGUCUUUGUACGCAUCAAAAAGACAAAUUACAUUUUCUUCAUUGAAAAUUUGUUUAUCCGAAGCCUUCCCACUAAAGGCUUUACUGACGAAGCUUAUUAGACCUGCUGGUGUGGUCCCUAUUAGAAAUUUUACGGUUCUUUUGCCCUUGUAGUUGGAAUAGCAAGAAAUGCAACAGUUAAUGCAUUUUAGGCUCGUCACAGGCACUUCUGUGCAGUCAAAAAUGACUCGCACUUUUUCAAAUUUUCCUCGAAAGCACAAGGGAAUAUUACGCUCGAUUUCAUCCUGUUCUGGCCAGUAUAUAAAUUGUUGCAGAAUUUCUGCUAGUACAUGAAUAGUUUGAUUAAAAUAAUCCGAUACAGUCGAAGGCGAUACACCAAACAAUGUUGACAAAGCAGCAAACGAAAUAUUUUGUUUCAGCUUUGUCAAAGUUAGGAUGACACGAUCGACAGUGUGCGUUCGUAAUUGUUUUCGGUAUACCUGAUCUUCAACCGUUUUAACAGAAACACAAAUAGCAUCUAGCUGUUUCAAUGAGGAGACACCUGUCCAUAUAACAGCGUCCUUAUCGCACUCAAUUAAUGUCGUUAGAGUGGCCCUAUUUCCAAGUUUACGUAUUUUCUUCUUGGCCUCUUUUAUAAAUGGUGGGAUUGAUUGGUUCAGAUCUUGAUUUGAUUUUUCGCCUUCGAUGUUCUGUUGAGAUGUUGAAAAUGAGUCUUCUUUAUGCUGAGGUGUUUUGUGAUCACUACUGAAAUCAUUCGUCGGCGCGUUCAUGGUGGAUGCAUCGAUUUCGCCAGCAGCUACAGUAGGCUCAGUAACCGACUCAGGUCUUCCAAAAUCCUCAUUCGCAUGAUUGUCAGUUAAUUCAUGUUCGGCAUCUGAUAAUUGCGUCAACGUAACAAUAGAGUCAUCUGUAGACCUGUUAGAAUCGGGUUUGAGUCGUAGUCUGUUCUUAGAAGAACUUACAGGGGAGGUGGUCCUUGGAGGUAAGUACUGGGACGGAACAGCAUCCGGUUUUAAGCGCUUUCCUCCUAAAAUGGAAUAGAUGAAAAUAAGAAUUGUAAUGUAGAUAUGCUUAUUGCAGUAUGGUAUUGAUUCUUCAAAAUACAUAUUGUUAAAGAGUAUCACGGACAAAC